AUGUUCCAAGGGCUAACCCCCGGCAUGAACCAACUGGCCGGGGACAACUGGGCCACCCUGGCCCCCCAGGAGGAAGAGGAGGAGGAGUUGGUGGCAGCAGCUGCGGCCCCAGAGCCGGAGCUCCGCGUCCACACCCAGAUCGACUACAUCCAUUGCCUGGUGCCGGACCUGCUGCAGCUGACCCGGCUGCCCUGCUACUGGGGGGUGAUGGAUCGCUACCAGGCCGAGGCACUGCUGGAGGGGAAGCCAGAAGGGACCUUCCUGCUGCGGGAUUCGGCCCAGGAGGAUUAUCUCUUCUCAGUCAGUUUCCGGCGCUACGGCCGCUCACUCCACGCCCGGGUCGAGCAGUGGAACCACAACUUCAGCUUCGACGUGCACGACCCCGGCGUCUUCCAUGCCCCCGCCGUCUCGGGCCUGCUGGAGCGGUACAAAGACCCUAGCGCCUGCAUGUUCUUCGAACCCCUGCUCUCCCGCCCCGUGCGCCGGCCCUUCCCCUUCGCCUUGCAGCACCUGUGCCGGGCUGUGGUGGCCGGCUGCACCUCCUCCGACGGCAUCGGCCACCUGCCCAUCCCCGGCGCGCUCCAGGAGUACCUCAAGGAAUACCACUACAAGCAGAAGAUGCGGGUGCGGCGGCUGGACACCCGCUGGAACUGAGCCCAGAGCCACGCCCAUGGUUUUCAUCCUCUGGGCCACGGCCCAAAGACGAGGGGCCGGCUCCAGGAUCGGGGCCGAUACGAGGCCGUAUUGCCCGUGAACUUUCUGUCUUUUACAGCAGGUUCUGGGCCCCCUGUGCCCCGGGACUGUCAGGUGGAACCAUGUGUCCCAAUUACUGCUCUCCCCCCCACCCCGGGGCCGAGGAGGGGGAGGUUUCGUUAAAGGAGCCCCUGCCCCGCUCCUGGUGGGAGGCAGCCGGAGCCUCAAUCAGCUGUUUUAUUUAAAGGGGCUGGGUUGCUGGAAUAAAAUCUUGUUGCUGUGAC